AUGUCAUCGGUAAUGAGCCGCACAGAAACCGACAACGGAAGUUCAUCGCAUCCUCAAGCUUUAACUUUACUAUCAAGAUUAAACUCAACCGGACCGAUAUUUCCAUGGUCUCUGGUGAAACUCGGAAAGUCAAAUCCUUUUCCGCGAUAUGGCCAUUCGUCGAACGAGCGCGCAAUUAACGAUCAGAUAUUUCUUUUUGGCGGCGUAGUGGGCGGCAAAGUUCAAAACGACAUCAAGACAACGGGUGAUGUUCCACUUGCGAGAAGAGGACACACGCAAGUUAACAUCGCGAAUAACAUGAUUAUAUUUGGAGGGAUACUGGAGAGUCCAAGGGAAACCGAUGAUUGCAUUUACAUCCUUAACACAGUAACGAAGCAUUGGUCAAAAAUUUCUAUUUUCGAAAAAAUUUCUUUCGGACGUCAUGGGCAUUCGGCGACGCUAGUUGGGGCGGUGAUGUAUGUAUUUGGUGGUCAGAAUGAACGUGGACUUUUUUUUAAUGAUUUGUUCGCGUUUGAUGCGACGGCACCAAGAUCUGAAAGACCCUGGAAAUUCUUGGUUCCAUUGAAUGUGCUCCCGACCCCUAGGGCCGGGCAUUCUGCGUGCGCAUAUAAAGAAAAGAUUUAUAUUUUUGGCGGGACCGAUGGAGUAAGGUGUUAUAAUGAUAUGUGGUGUUAUGACACGCAAAAAAAUUAUUGGUCAGAGGUCUUUUGUGGUAGCAUUACUCCAUACCCGCGCGAAAGCCAUUGCGCCUCCAUUGUCGAUGACAUAAUUUACAUAUUUGGUGGGCGAACGAUUGAAGGAAAAGAUUUGGCAGAUUUGGCUGCGUUCAACAUAAAUCAAAAGAGGUGGUUCAUGUUUCAGAAGAUGGGUCCAUCACCAUACCCACGAUAUUGCCAUACAAUGACCUUGUCACAGAAGAAAAUUUUUGUGUUUGGCGGCGAUUCGAUACAAACAACAAAGCCAGAUGGGGAAGGAACUAUACAUAUAUUGGACACUACAAAGAUAAAGUAUCCCACCAGUGCGUUUCCGGGAGAAAUGCCGCAACAAAGGUAUCAUAAGAGAUCUCUUUCCGAACCUCCGGUAUCCCUUUCUCCCAAACCAACGUUUACCAGAGUCGCUCGUCAAAAUCCAUUGUUCGCAGAACCACAAGCUUCACUAACCAAUCUACAAAUUUCCGUAUCCAAAGGAAACAUGGUCGAAGAUUUAAUUCCUUCUUCUUCACUCAUGAACCGACUUCAAAGUUUUUCUCGGAAACCGAGGACACUCGAUGAAUACCCCUUAAGCAAGUUUUCGGACAAGUUUCUGGCAAGUUCUAGCAGCAGCAUAAUAUCAAGUCCUAGUAAAAGCCCGGACACGACGGUUUCUCCCCAGACGAUGAAACCUAAAAUUUUGAGAGUUCGUCCUGGUGGACCGAAAAGACAACUGAAAAAUCCUCUAUUGGAGAUUAAUACUAUCGUGCCUUCUGUAGAUAAAGGGAAAGCUGUUGAUAGGGGGAUUAUAGAAUUAUCAAAUCUGGAUAAACAAUCAAGUGAAAUGAAAAAUUCUGAUCAACUAGAAUCUUCUGAAAACAAAGGGAAACCAAAUGUGGAAAAAUCAUAUGAUGAAAACCCUCAAGAGAUGACAAUUUCAUUGGAGAGUCAUGUGAAAGAACAGAAUUUUCAACGAGAUAAGGAUGAUCUGGGAAAUACCAGUAGGAAACAAGGAAAUGAAUUUGAUAAUGCGAACGGCUCCGGAGGACAAAGUCCCAGUCUUGUAGUCGCAAAAAAUAGUGUUCCCGAGAUCGAGAAGAAUAAGGACGACAUUCUUGAGAAUGAGAGCAGCAAUAAUCAAAAGCAAAAUUACGUCGGCGGACGAGGUCAAGAUCUUAACUUGGAAAACACGGAUUAUGUUGGUAGGAGACGGAGCCGUGUUUUUGAUAGUGAGAGCAACUAUUACCGAAGGAAAAGUGGAAUUAUUGAUUCAAGAUUAAUACAUUCUCCUAAUGAAGAGUCAACGGAAUCAAAAGAUUCACUAUUCAGAUCAAGUAGGAUGACACCAAUCAUUGAAGACAUCUCAUUUCCAAAUCAAGACAACAUUAUUGCCGAGUCAUCAGCCGCGAUCUCUGCUCCUUCAGGUAUCGACAAAAAUAUUAUCUCAAAUCGAGGUUCGGUGAUGUUUCGAGAUGGCAGUGACACAUCUUCAUCACAUUCCGAUGAUCACGAAAAUUAUUCUGGCGCACUGCAGAGUUAUGAUCGAGAAGCUUAUAUGGAAAGGUUGCAAGAGCAAGAUCUUAAGAUUGCUGAGAUGAAGAACAGAGAAACUUGGUUUAAGGCUAAAUUGGCUUUGGCUAAGCAGGCAGGUUUUCUCUUGGGACUUGAAGACGAUGGCGAUGAGGACGUACCCGAAGGAAUUGACGUGAAAAACUUAUUGGACAUUGGAGAGACGGGCUCUGAGAAAUUCAAAGUUAUUGAAGCGAUUGUCCAAUUGAGCCAACAGUUGAAGCAAGCAAAAGAAACCUUGGCGAACAAAUCCGAAACAGCGUCACAAAAGAUUUCCGACUUUGAAAAAAUGUAUAAAGUGGCACUAGAAGAAGCAGCAGCACUAAAGUCAAAAUUCGCAACUUUGUGCAGCCAGCUGGAAUCCGAAAAAUUACCGUCGGAUGAGGUACAAGACAUUAGGAGUCAACUAAAUCAAAGGCAAACCCAAAUAGAGAAAUCCAAGAGGAUCGCGGAAGAUACUGAAACCAAUAUCAGAAUGAUGAGACGUGCUAUAAACAAGAAGGAUGAAUUUAAAUCAAGUCAAGUUUCUGUGGCAGAUAAAUUCAGAGAGAUUGCAGAACGGUGUGAUGAACUGGAGAUACUUCAUGAAAUAGCACAAAAAGAGCUUAGAGCUUCACUAUCGAGAUACAAAGGAUCCCUACAGAAAUCAGAUACUGACGAAGAUACUGACGAUAUAACUAGCGAAGAAUCUCUGGAUAUUGGUAGUAGUAACGAAUAUAGAGUCAAAACUCCAUCACCCUCAUAUUCGAUAGAACUAGAGCAAGAGCUAAGAUCGGCAGAAACAAAGGCAGAAAAAACCCAACUUCAAUUUAAACAACUCAAGCAGAAGUUAAACCAAGUAGAAUCCGAUUAUCAAAUGGCCGUCAAGUAUGCUCAGAAUACGGAAAAAUUAUUACAAAAGGUGGAAGAUGAAUUGACACAAAGUAAAAAAGAUGUAGAUAAUCUAAAUCAAAAAUUGGCUGCCGUGGAAAAAAGUAACGCAGGAUUAGAACAAAAACUUUUUGAAUUACAGAACUUAAUUGACAAACAUGAUAAUGUCAGGAAUUCGUUAUUACAGGAACACACAAAUCAACAAAUGCUUGAAGAAACGACAUUUUUCCGAGAAAGAGAACAAUUGCAACAAAGAAUAAUAGAGUUACAAACAAAAAUCAGCAAUGCUCAGGAUGAGAAGAGCCUGAUGGAUCAAGGAUAUGAAGCAUUAAGGAGAGUUUAUGAGUCUCUAAAAAUUCAGAAUGACACACUUCGAAAGUCUAACGAUAUUUUUAAAAAAAAGACUUUGGAAUCGGAAAAGAUGAGCAAAGAACUUGAACAGGAAUUGGAAAGGACCAUACUUUUAAGCAAGCAGAAACUUCCAAUGGAAUCACAAGAAAUUGUGGAAACAAGUCCAACUGAACGAUAUGAUGGUGAUCAAUUACAGGAAAUAAAAAAGAUUGAAGAAGAAAGGAAGAUGAUAAAAGAUCAGAUUGGCGAUUUUCAAACCGUGAAUAAGAAAUUAGCAAAAAAUAAGGUCGCAUUGGAGCAGAGGGUAAUAGAAAAUGAAAACAAAAUAACCCUUUUGUUGGAUCAAAUGGAAACGGUAAUUGGUACUUACCGAAUAAUAGAAGGUGAAAUUAAAGAUUUAAAUCAAGAAGAUUCCGCCAUUACGUUAAGUUCAGGCAUAGGAAACUCAGAAAGCCAGCAAGAAAAACCCAUGACUCCAGAAACACAGGACGAUGAGGAAUUCUCGCUAUUGGUUCCUGGAGACAAAGAUGACAUCGAAGACAGGAUAAAUCGAGUCUAUCCUGAUCUAACAAACUUUGUCAUCCCGGAAUACCCAACUUCUCCAAUGUCAUCGACAACCGAAAACUCAGAAUACACAACUUUUGGAAAAAGAGACGAUCCAGAUUAUUUUGAAUUGGAUAAAAUAGAUGAAGAAGAUUCUGAUGAACUAAGCGAAGCUGAAAAUACGGAAGAGAAAAUAGAAUGA